AUGUUAUCCACUAAUCACAAUCUAAUUGCAGGGGCUCAAGCUUCUACAGUUAGAAAAAGGUAUUGUGAAAGGCAACGCGAGAUUGGUGCUGAGCGUUUGAUCAAUGUCUACUUUAGUCCCAACCCGACAUAUGGGCCAGAGGUCUUCCGACGCCGAUUUCGCAUGCACAAAUCCGUAUUCCUUCGGAUUGUAGAAGAUGUUACUGCUAAUGAUGAGUACUUUCAAGAGAGACGCGAUGCUACAGGGAAACAAAGUUUGUCAUCGUUACAGAAAUGUACCGGAGCUAUGCGGGUGUUGGCGUAUGGGACAUCAUCCGAUGUCGUUGAUGAAUAUUUGCGGAUGAGUUCAACGGUGACGAGAGGUUCUCUAAUACAUUUCGUUGAAGGUGUUAUUUCAUGUUUUGGUGCCACAUAUCUCAGAAGACCUACUGAACAAGAUCUGGCUAGACUUCUAUAUGUAGCAAAUGAACGUGGUUUUUCAGAUUCGUGCAAUGAUAUUAAUGUACUCCAUAGGUCUCCUGUUUUUGAUGAUGUCUUAGAAGUUCGAGCACCAUAUGUUAAUUACGUAGUAAAUGGUCAUCAGUAUAAUAGGGCAUAUUAUCUUACUGAUGGCAUAUACCCUGCAUGGGCUGCAUUUGUGAAGUCAAUUACUUCUCCACAAAUUCAAACGCAUAAGUUGUUUGCUCAAUUACAAGAGUCUAUCAGAAAAGAUGUUGAGCGAGCAUUUGGAGUCCUACAAGCGCGUUUCGCAUUUUUGCGAAGGCCAUGCCUUGUCUGGGACAAGAUGUUGAUGGGAAAAAUUAUGAUUGCUUGA